AUGGACACUACUACCCUCACUAUCACUUCCACCCAACUUACCACCAGCUCCACUGAUACAACUCCGCUCACCAGCACAUCCACUGUACCCACUGCCACCUCCAUUGACACUAGUUCCCUCACCACUACAUCCAGUGUAGCCACCACCACCACAACUAAGACGACUACCCUCAGCACCACCUCCACCCUACCCACCACCAGCUCCACUGAGGCAACUACCCUCACCACCACCUCCAAUGUAUCCACCACCUCUACUUUACCCACAACAACAUCCAAGGACACAACUACCCUCACCAUUACCUCCAUCGGACCCACCACCACCUCUACUGACACUACUACCCUCACUAUCACCUCCACUAUACCAAACACCUCCACUGACACGAGUCCCCUCACCACCAGUUCCACUUCCCCGCCCACCACCACGACUGAAGAAAGUACCCUCACCACCAUCUCCACUGUACUCACAACCAGUUCCACUGACACGACUACCCUCACCACCACUUCCCCUGUACCAACAACAUCCUCUGAAGUGACUACCUUCACCACAAAUUCCACUGUACCCACCACCUCCACUGACAAAAGGACCCUCACCACCACCUCCACUGUCACAACUCCCCUCUCGAGCAUCUCCAGUUUUCCUACCACCACUGACACGACUACCAUCCCCACCACCUCGACCGUACCCAACACCACGUCCACUGAUAUAACUUCCCUCACAACAACUUCUACUGUACCCAUCACCAUGUCCACUGUCAUGACUACCCUCACUAUCACCUCCACUAUACCCACCACAACCUUCACUGACACAACUACCCUCACCACCACCUCCACU